AUGGCCGCCGCGCUAUGCAAGGUACUGCCCGUCGUGACGUCAAGCUGGAGCGAGUCCCGCCGUCUUCUUCAACCUACCCACCUGGGUCACCGGCUGCUGUGAUAGAGACUGGAAGACAGCCUGGUGACCGACCUCACACGGGUUACAGCCAGCCAGCCAGCCGGAGGUGAGAGCCAUGUUUAUACAUCCAUAUUAUAAUAGUGGGCUGUAAUGCGGGUAAUGCAUGACAUUCACACAAUGGUUCACUCAGAUUCAGUCCAAUACAUAGAGGAAUAUGUGCCAGUCUCAGUAUGUAUCACCCUGGGGUGGGCUUACAGAUAACCCACUAACUGCUGUACGAUCACAACUUCCUUUGAUGCUGAACAUUAUCUUUUUAAACCAAGAAAUUUCUACUUUAAUGAAUUACCAUUGCAGAGUUUUUUAAUUAAAUUUUUUUUUUUUUUUUUUUAUAUAAUCUAUUUUUGUUUUUAUUUGUGCCAGCCAUCAUUAUUCUGGCACAGGUGAGAUAUGUAAAGACUGACCAUAAUUUUGUUUUAUAUAUUUAGGUGUACAAAUGAUACAAUACAUUGAGAACCUUGCCUGUGAGAUUACUCUACCUACUGGUAGUAUUUUUUUGCAAUGUACUUGAUAGCAUGUAGAGAUAUGAAAUAUAAUUAAAAGACAAACUGGAUUCUGGCAGGUUUGAGGGUUUUUUUGUUUUUUUUUACAUUCCAAGUAUGCUUGUUAUAUAAUACUGUGCUGUGGAGUAUUUCAAAGCAGACUGGAGUAAGCUGGAGACUAGAAUAAUCCUGUCCCACCUGGAGUAGGGCAGUCAUUUAUUGUUGGUUACACAUUUAUUUUGACUUGGCUGAUUAUUCUUUUUUUUUUUUUUUUCUUUUUUUUCUGCUUAUUUCAUAAUAUUACGUUUUUUUUUUUUUUCAGUUCAGAGCAGCCGCAAUGUCUGAUAUGAAAAGUCAGGACCCAGGACAGAGCAACAACGGUGGAGGCAAGGCUGGAGCCAGGAAUCCUGAGAAAAAAUGCUGUAAGUAUAAACAACAUGAAGUUUUAGCAUAUUUAAAUGUAAAUUUUAUUAUGAAAUGUGCUGUUGAAUAUGCAAACCUUUUUUGUCUUAUUGUGAACAGUUAGAUCUGUGUGCUAUACUGAACACUCAUUUAUUUAUUUUUAAGUAUGCUCGUCUUGAUCCACAAAGGAAAUUAAACCAUCCUGUUUUUGUUAUUUAGUAUUUUUUUUGUAUGUUGGUAAAUUUCAAAGCUAUAUUCCAUCCACUACAAUUUCUUAUGCUCUUUACAUCAAUUAUAGAACAAGGAGGUUCCCUGUCAGUGUUUUCCUGCAUUUUGCCAAAAAUACUGUAGUUUUAAACUUCUCCCCCUCACAUGCUUCCCUCUUACGGUACAUGUACUUGCAUGGAGUGUAUCUGCAGGGCAAAUCAGAAAUAAUAUGGAUGGAACUGUUAACUGCUUUUACUGCUGCUAUAAGCUACUGUGUAGCUUAACCUAUGUAAGAAGUAAAUGUAUAUAUUUGAACAGAGCUACAAAUCUAUCGACCCAGUGAAGUUUUAGAUGAAAUAUGAUGUAAAAUGCGUUGAUGUGUAUUGGUACAAAAGGAACCUUGUACUUGUGAACGAACCAAUUUCAAAAUGCAGUGAUGCACGCAUUAAGAAGGAUGCUGAAAAGGACAUUUAUAUUGUGAUGAAGGGAUAUAUGAGAUGUGAUGGCUAAUGUGAAAGUCAGAAGGAGUUGAUCACUUUCAGAAGCCCUUAUAGCAGAUUAUUGGGGGGAUGGGUUGUCUCAAUAGGCAACUUUUCAAAGUUUCUAAUGCCUUGGAAUGUUUGGAAGGAGUUCCAGAAGUUAGGCAGAGCAUGGGAAAAGCUCUGCAGUUAUGAGGAAGUGAUGAUAAUAGCCAUGGGCAGUAUGUCAAGGACAGUUGUAGGAGAAUUUGGAGACAAAACUGGAGCUAGGGGGUGUGCACUAUUGGUGAGAAAUCUAGAUUUGUUUCAGGCAGGAUAAAAUUUGAUGACUUAAAAUUUUUUUAAAUCUGAUUUGUUUUUAUAAAAUACUUUUUCAUGAAUAAUCUAUCUCGAUAUAGUUUUUUUGUUUAACAUGCGUUUUAGUACAAAGGCUAUUCAGCAUGAAAUUUGGAUUAGUUAUGUAGUAGUAUAUAUUCAUGCAAUAUUGACAUUGUUGGUUAAUCAGUUCCAUUAAUCCCAGUUAAUAGCAUUUGUUUCUGUAGAGAUUACAUGCACUUUUCCACAGCAAAAAUGUUAUAAAAUAAACAAACACAUCACAGGAAAGAAAACUUGUUAUUUUUCAAAUUUAUGGACACACAAUGAGCAUAUUUAAAUAAAUAAGGCUUUCUGUCUUAUUGUGGGAGGCAUAAGAAGGCAGAGGACGGAUUGUCACAGAGGGGUAGAUGAUGAUCACUGAGAUGUGGUUAUUUAUAAAGUGUGUGUGUGUGUGUGUGUGUGUGUGUUUUUAUUUUUUAUUUUAUUUAUUUAUAACCCAUCUAUGUAAUUUUCAAGUAAAUGCUUGACUACCUGCAAUACCCUAAUGCAUAACAGGCUGAGGGACACUUUUUAGAAAUAGGAAUAUAUCUUUGUAUUCCUGACACUAAAGUGUUUCUUUAAACUAGUUGUUUAGAUGUCUGUAGAAUAUCUAUUGUAUGUAUUAACAGGCUUACAUCAACCUUAGAUUUAGCAAGGUGAAGUCCCCAGGAGGCUAGCUAGCUACAUAAUGCGAGAAAUAAUUGAUAGGCUGAAGGGGAAACAUUUAAAGGGACACUAUAGUCACCAGAACAACUACAGCUUAAUGUAGUUGUUCUGGUGAGUAUAAUCAUCGCCUUCUGAUAUUUUCAUGCUGCCUUUUCAUAAAAAGGCAGUGUUUACAUUGCCCCUAGGGACUCAUCAAAUGGCCACUGGAGGUGCUUCCUGGCUCAGUCCUGUACAGUAUUAUUAUUAAUAUUAUUAUUAUUAUUAUUUAUACAGUUGCAAGAAAAAAGUAUGUGAACCCUUUGGAAUGAUAUGGAUUUCUGCACAAAUUGGUCAUAAAAUGUGAUCUGGUCAUCAUCUAAGUCACAACAAUGGACAAUCACAGUCUGCUUAAACUAAUAACACACAAAGAAUGAAAUGUUGCCAUGUUUUUAUUGAACACACCAUGUAAACAUUCAAAGUGCAGGUGGAAAAAGUAUGUGAACCCCUAGACUAAUGACAUCUCCAAGAGCUAAUUGGAGUGAGAUGUCAGCCAACUGGAGUCCAAUCAAUGAGAUGAGAUUGGAGGUGUUGGUUACAGCUGCCCUGCCCUAUAAAAAACACACACCAGUUCUGGGUUUGCUUUUCACAAGAAGCAUUGCCUGAUGUGAAUGAUGCCUCGCACAAAAGAGCUCUCAGAAGACCUAUGAUUAAGAAUUGUUGACUUGCAUAAAUCUGGAAAGGGUUAUAAAGUAUCUCCAAAAGCUUUGCUGUUCAUCAGUCCACGGUAAGACAAAUUGUCUAUAAAUGGAGAAAGUUCAGCACUGCUGCUACUCUCCCUAGGAGUGGCCGUCCUGUAAAGAUGACUGCAAGAGCACAGCGCGUGACUGCUUAAUGAGGUGAAGAAGAAUCCUAGAGUGUCAGCUAAAGACUUACAAAAGUCACUGGCAAAUGCUAACAUCCCUGUUAGUGAAUCUACAAUACGUAAAACACUAAACAAGAAUGGAUUUCAUGGGAGGAUACCACAGAGGAAGCCACUGCUGUCCAAACAAAACAUUGCUGCACGUUUACAGUUUGCACAAGAGCACCUGGAUGUUCCACAGCAGUACUGGCAAAAUAUUCUGUGGACAGAUGAAACCAAAGUUGAGUUGUUUGGAAGAAACACACAACACUAUGUGUGGUGAAAAAAGGCACAGCACACCAACAUCAAAACCUCAUCCCAACUGUGAAGUAUGGUGGUGGGGGCAUCAUGGUUUGGGGCUGCUUUGCUGCAUCAGGGCCUGGACGGAUUGCUAUCAUCAAAGGAAAAAUGAAUUCCCAAGUUUAUCAAGACAUUAGAACAGCCAUCUGUCUACCAGCUGAAGCUCAACAGAAGAUGGGUGUUGCAACAGGACAAUGACACAAAGCAUAGAAGUAAAUCAACAACAGAAUGGCUUAAACAGAAGAAAAUACACCUUCUGAAGUGGCCCAGUCAGAGUCCUGACCUCAACCCGAUUUGAGAUAUUGUGGCAUGACCUCAAGAAAGCGAUUCACACCAGACAUCCCAAGAAUAUUGCUGAACUGAAACAGUUCUGUAAAGAGGAAUGGUCAAGAAUUACUCCUGACCGCUGUGCACGUCUGAUCUGCAACUACAGGAAACGUCUGGUUGAAGUUAUUGCUGCCAAAGAGGUUCAACCAGUUAUUAAAUCCAAGGGUUCACAUACUUUUUCCACCUGCACUGUGAAUGUUUACAUGGUGUGUUCAAUAAAAACAUGGCAACAUUUCAUUCUUUGUGUGUUAUUAGUUUAAGCAGACUGUGAUUGUCUAUUGUUGUGACUUAGAUGAUGAUCAGAUCACAUUUUAUGACCAAUUUGUGCCGAAAUCCAUAUCAUUCCAAAGGGUUCACAUACUUUUUCUUGCAACUGUAUAGCGCCAUCGAAUUCCGCAGCGCUUUACAAUGGGUGGACGAACAGACAUGUAGUUGUAACCAGGCAAGUUGGACACACAGGAACAGAGGGGUUGAGGGCCCUGCUCAAUGAGCUUACAUGCUAGAGGGAGUGGGGUAAAAUUACACAAAAAAAGUAAGGAUAGUAUUAGACUCUCUUCUAGACUGACAGUUGCAGGAGCUAUUAACAGUUUAAUUGAUACGCUUUUAUGAAGAAGUGGGUUUUUAACGAUUUUUUAAAGGAGUGGAGACUGGGUGAGAAUCUAACGGAGGAGGGAAGCGAGAACCAGAAUUUUAAAUUGAGCUCUAUAUUUAAAGGAAGCCAAUGUAGGGACUGACAGAAGGGUGAGGUGCGGGCGGACAGGAAGAUGAGCCUCGCCCCGCAUUUAUUAUGGACUGUAUAGGCGCAAGUUGGGAGCACGUAAGACCACUGAGAAGCGGAUUUCAGUAGUCAAGGCGAGAAAGGACAGUGGAAUGGACCAACACCUUAGUCGCAUCUGGCAUUAAGUAGGGGCAGAUGCGCGCAAUGACAGGAUUUGGCGAUAGAUUGAACAUGAGGCUUGAAGGAGAGGUCGGAGUCAGAGAGAACACCUAGGUAGCGAGCCUGCGUGGUGGAGCUGAUGGUAGCACCAUUGACUUGGAGGUAGACAGACACAGGAGUAACAACACUUGAAGGAGGAAAGACCAGAAUUUCAGUUUUGGUCAAGUUUAGUUUAAACCCUUAAGGACACAUGACAUGUGUGACAUGUCAUGAUUCCCUUUUAUUCCAGAAGUUUGAUCCUUAAGGGGUUAAGGAAGUGGGCAGCCAUCCAGUUAGAAAUAGCAGAGAGGCAGUCAGAGACACUUGUCAAGAGGGACAGGGAGAGAUCAGGAGAGGACAGGUAGAUUUGCGUGUCAUCUGCAUAGAAAUGAUAUUGGAAGCCAAAGGAGCUAAUGAGUUUGUCAAGGGAGGCAGUAUAGAUGGAGAACAGUAGGGGACCAAGGACUGAACCUUGGGGGACACCAACAGAGAGGAGUUUGGGAGAAGAAGCAGAGCACUGGGAGAGGUAGGAGGAACACCAGGAGAGAGCAAUAUCUUGUAGACCGAUAUUGCGGAGGAUGAGAAGAAGCUAUUGAUAAUCAACAGUGUCAAAAGCCACCAAAAGGUCAAGGAGAAUUAGGUGUUCUGUGUCUCCACGCUCUGCAUGGGGAUGCUGAAUUUUCCUCAGAGAUGCAUUGAUUCAAUACAUCUUUGUGAAGAAGUGCUGAUUGGCCAAAUGGAGUUUGGUCCUGCCCCCAUCCCGCCUCUUUGCCUAUGGGAAAGCAUUGGAUUGGCAAAAAAAUCAACAAUUCCGAUGUCAUCAAGGAGAUGGAUCUGGGGCAGGACCAGCGCCGGCGGACCCUCGCGGCGCUGGAAAUAAGGUGAGUUUUUUAAAUUCUUUUUUAAGGAGUUUUAAGGCUACCUAAAUGGUGGGUUUAACACUAUAGGGUCAGGAAUACAUGUUUGUGUUCCUGACCCUAUAGUGUUCGUUUAAGACAAACAACACUUGUAAACUGAGCUUUGUCAGAUCCUUGCAAAAAGGCAACAGCGAGAGGGUUUAACGAGGACUCAGGGCUCUUCCCACCUCAUUCCAAGAGUUCACAUCACCCUACCUCAACCAAGGGGAUAUUAGAGUCCCCCAUCCCAGGCAUGCAAGGCAGGCCUCUGAGCCCCAAUGGGGGUUGACCGAACACUCCAACAGCUCAUGGGCUGCCAUGAGUGGACAUUAUACUCCCUCUUUUCUUACUUUUAAAAGUGGUUCCACUACUUUCUCAGUCAUCCUUGCAUAUCUUCUGCAACCUCAAUCCUGUCCUGCAUCUGUACCUUCCAUAUUUUGGAGGCAUACACUUUGUCACACUCUUUAGGAUUGCUUCCUGUAUCAUUAAUAGUAAAUUCAGAAUCCUAGUAUUCGCCUUGAAAGCCUUUAUAACUAUAAUCAUAUCAGUAUAUCUGCUGUGCUAAAAUUUUGUAUCGUCUUUGUUCGUACUGUUACCCCUAAUUACACAUUACUGUAUACUUCAGAGGGCUGAAAUGGUUAUGGAUCUUGAAGUGUUCCUUAAUUAUAAUUGUUUGCUUCUUUUAACCCCUUCCCAAUGUUAGUGCCUGUUAUGCCAUCCUAGAAAAGGAAGGCUUUAACAAUGUUUGGGCAGGGUAGCAUUCCUUAACAGUCUUGCCCCCCCCCCCCUCUCCAUCCCAAAAACUUACUCAUGGUGCCGAUCCCAAAUUGGUCGGCAGUCCACAUGCAGCCAAUCCCGCCAUCACAUGACUCGGAUUGGCUGCAGGGGGACUGCCUGUGCUGUCAGGCAUAACUAUAAAUAUAAUCAAAUACACCUGGAAUUAAAUUAUGUUUCUUUCAUUUAUAGAUGGCUCCAAAAAUUUUUUAGUGCGUCUGUCAACAUUGCAUAGUGUGAACUGAAAUGUUAACAGAUAUGCUUAUUUUUUGUUUUAUGUAAAUUAAAGCAACAUUUAAAAAGUACUUUUAAGUCCUCUCUUUUUUGCAACAAUUGUACCUAUGCCGGAGAUGCACUUGGGUUAAUUUAAAUGUGGAGACUGAGUGCUCGGCUUCUGCAAUACUAUUUAUUAUUGUUGUUUGUUAAACCAGAAAACAAAAUAAAGCUUUAUCUAUGCCUGAGAACAUAUUUGAAAAAUCGGUUUUGUAUUCUUCCUGGUAAAAUCGAUUCCUGUUACUAUCUUUUUAGCAGCGGAUACAUAACAAUGAACUGUGUAUAAAGGAAGAAGAAUGUUAUCAAUGGGUUCACGAGACAUCACAAUAAACAUCAAGAAUGAAGGCAGAGUGGUUUAUAAAUGUCUCCAAACCAAGAAAUAUUCCCACUAUCUGUUUUCUUCCCAUAGGUUGUUUCUUAAAAUGCAACUUUGUGCAAAUCUUUUGUUGACCUUGAAUGAAAAUGUUUAUAUUUGUUUCAGCCUUGAGUUUUUAUUUUUUUUUUAUUACUUUUGCAUCUUUGUUAUAUAAACUUUACACUAAAUCUAAUUGCCACAGGAGAAUGUUGUGAAGCUAUUGCGUAAAUGCAAAUUUCUUCUACGUGUGUUAUGACGAUCGAACAGUGGUGCAGGACUAACUUCAGACUGACAUUCGGUAGUGCAGGGUGUAUUUUAUUGGCUGAGAACAUUCACUCUCAGGUAAUGAGCUGGCCCUGUAAUGCAGGGCUUAGCUCAGGAGAACAAAAACAGAGUGAACAAACGCUAAAAAAGUUGAGCAAGUAUUCACUGGUAGGACAUGGGUCAUAAGUCUAAUAAUAUUUUAAGACUCAUUAAUAUAUAUAUUUUUUUAAUUUCUUUUUAUCUUUCCUGUUUUAGGGUUAGUUACUAGAGCCUGCUGUUAAUUUACCUACCAUAGCAUUGGUUCACCCAAUUUUUUUGUGUUUAAGUUCUUUUGUCUCCUUAAUUAUGACCCAUGUCCUACCAGUUAAUACUCACCUUUUUGGGUGUUUGUUCACGUUACUCUUUUUGCCUUUUUGUUGUGAAUACCCAGGGUUUAUUUAUUUAUUUAUUUAUUAUUAUUUUUUUAAGGACUAUAGGUCUUUCGUCUUUUGCUAUUGGUGGGUCCUUUCCGGUUUUUGGGAGGGAUUGACCUCUUUCUAGCCCUGUUCAGAAGUCAAAUCAUUAGUAAAUGGUUCCACUAUUUUUGUUGGGGUGCUCCACAGCACUCCUGCCACCAUAACUAUUAGAUCACACUAUAGUGCUUAUGGUGUUUGCAGUGUUCCUUUAAUGCAUGUGAAGUGAAUACAUAUAUUCUUUCUUAUGUUGUUAAAAUGUUUUUUUUCCUUUCUAUGUGCAGCGUGGGCUUCAUACAUGACUAACUCUCCGACGCUGAUUGUAAUGAUUGGGCUGCCUGCCAGAGGCAAAACGUAUAUGUCAAAAAAAUUAACAAGAUACCUGAACUGGAUUGGUGUACCCACCAAAGGUAUGUGAAAACACAGGAAAAACUCAGUGCUUCCUUAUGUCUUUAUUUAAAAGAUUUUAAUUUAAGGCUCGAGUGCUGCUUGUCCCUUUUGGACAUUCAUGACCUUUGAUAUGAACUACUAGCUCAAGGGUGCACUUGUUCUGUGCAGUAAAUAAAAUAAAUCCACAAUAUUCAGCUGCUUCUAGCUCACAAGUUAGUAUGUAUAAUAUACUGUUUGUUAUGGAUUCCUCUUCAACCAUCUAAUUUAGUUUCUUUGUUUUCAAAGUGAGUCAAGCUAUUUAACACUUAACCCCUUAAGGACCAAACUUCUGGAAUAAAAGAGAAUCAUGACAUGUCACACAAGUCAUGUGUCCUUAAGGGGUUAAAGGACCACUAAAGUGCCAGGAAAACAAACUUGUUUUCUUUGGCACUAUAGUGCCCUGAGGGUGCCCCCACCCUCAUGGCCCCCCUCCCGCCGGGCUGAAGUUGGAGGAAGGGGUUAAACACUCACCUUUCUCCAGCGCCGGGCUCCCUCGGCGCUGGGGACUCUCCUCCUCCUUUGGACGUCAUCGGCUGAACGCGCAUGUGCGGCAAGAGCCGCACGCGCAUUCAGUCAGUCCAUAGGAAAGCAUUUCUCAAUGCUUUCCUAUGGAUGCUGGCAUCUUCUCACUGUGAAAAUCAGUGAGAAGCGCGGAAGCACCUCUAGCGGCUGUCAGUGAGACAGCCACUAGAGGCUGGAUUAACCCAUAUGUAAACAUAGCAGCUUCUCUGAAGCAGGCAGGGUUAACCCUAGAGGGCCCUUGCACCCAGACCACUUAAUUGAGCUGAAGUGAGCUGGGUGCCUAUAGUGGUCCUUUAAGAAAAAGUAACACUUUAUUGCUUAAUGCCUCUGAGAAUGUGAAUUAUACAUGUUUGUUUAUAUUUAAAAAUGUAUUUUUCCAUUUUCUAAUCUGUCCCGUUUUAUAGUGUAAAUGUAGGUUUUUGCCUAGUAUGUAUAACUCACAGCUUAUUAUGACUGAAGCUAUAGAAUGUAUUCUUCCAUCUCCCCAAUAUUCCUUUUGAAAGAACCUAUUUAGUCUAUAGUGCUUUGUCAAUUCCUUUUGCCAAAUCUUUUUCUUCUUUUAUUUUUUCCUCAAGUAUUUAACCUUGGUGCAUAUCGCCGUGAAGUUGUUAGAUCCUACAAAUCCUACGAGUUUUUCCGACACGACAAUGCUGAGGCCAUGAGGAUCCGCAAGUAUGUUUCAAUCUUCAGGGAUGUUUAUUGCUCAGAGGGUUAUGACUUCGGGAUCAAUAGAAAGUUAUUAUGCAAGUGGUUAUUUCCUGAAUAUCCAUAUUAUCACAGAGGGAUUUUUUUAUUGAAUUUUGGACCAGAGUUAUGAGCUAUAGCAUGUGUUUUAGAAAUGUCUCUUCUGUGCAUUUUCUUUCCUUGGUACCUUUAAUACCUUUUGUUGUUCUCACAAACGCUUUCAUUCCUUUUUGCUGCAGGCAGUGUGCCCUGAUCGCCUUGGAAGAUGUGAAGCUCUAUUUAACAGAGGAAGGCGGUCAGAUAGGGGUAAGCAAACCCAGUUGAGGUAUAUGGUGCUUGUCUUUGGUUACAUCCAUUCAUAGGCAUUCUAACCUAGAAUUAUUCGCUGGACUGGAAAAAGAUUCCUAGUAAGUUACAUAGUAAUGAAGGUUUAGUCAAUCAUAUAUCCCUGUAAUCACCAUUGAUGGAAAAAGAGAAAAUGAAAACUUUUUUUGUUUUCCCAUUAUGAGAUAAGAAGGGAAACAAAUCCUUCUUUACUUCAAAUUGACAUCCAACUAGUAAAGAUAAGAUUAAAGGAACACUCCCACCCUCACUUCAGCUCGUUGAAGUUAGGGGGGGGGGGUUAGUGUUUGGUCACCAUCUUAACUUCAGAGCUUAAACCAUUUUCCAUCACUGAGAAUAUACAAUUUCUUUCAAUGGGCUGUCCGUGAUAGGAUGUUGAUGCUGUCAACCUGUCAAGACCUGGCAAAACCUGUCUCAUACUGUGGCGGCAGCUGAGUCAGGUUUUAUAAGACCAACUUUGGGUUUAAACCAUUAGAAAUAUCAUCCCCAUAUUGAGAGCGAACGUCCAGUGGUCUUGUCAAGCAGUGACGUUUCUGUGCACAACAUACAUAUUGGAAAUGGUACCGCAAACCCAUGUUGGUAACCCACAUGUAUGACACUGUUUAGAUGAAACCACUCAUAAAUUAGAAAGGCUUGUCAGAAGAGAGACCUGUUCAUGGUUUUGUUUGUUUUGCCUUUGGGUCACCAUGCCCCACUUUAAAAAGAACAUCUGGCUUAUUACUGUCUGACAUUGUUUUCCUAUAGGUGUUUGAUGCCACAAACACAACUCGUGAAAGAAGAGACCUGAUCCUAAACUUUGCAAAGGAAAAUGCUUAUAAGGUGAUUUAUUUAUUUAUUACCUGCAAUUUAUUAAAUAUAUUGUUAGUUUCACAACAUAAUCAAUGAGCCCAGCACUUACAGUGAGGGGAAAAAAGUAUUUGAUCCUCUGGUGAUUUUGAACAUUUGCCCACUAAUAAAGAAAUGUGUAUAAUUUUAAUGGUAGAUGUAUUUUAAAAGUGAGAGACAGAACAGAAAAGGGCAUGUCAAAAAAGUUAUAAAUUGAUUUGCAUAUCAAUGAGUGAAAUAAGUAUUUAACCUCUUCCACUUAGUACUUGGUGGAAAAACCCUUGUUGGCAAUCAGAGGUUAGACAUUUCUUGUAGUUGGCCACCAGGUUUGCACACAUCUCAGGAGGGAUUUUGUCCUACUCCUCUUUGCAGAUAUUCUCCAAGUCAUUAAGGUUUUGAGGCUGACAUUUGGCAACUCGAACCUUCAGCUCCCUCCACAGAUUUUCUAUGGGAUUACGGUCUGGAGACUGGCUAGGUGACUCCAGGACCUUAAUGUGCUUCUUCUUGAGUCACUCCUUUGUUGCCUUGGCUGUUUGUUUUGGGUCAUUGUCAUGCUGGAAUACUCAUCCAUGACCCAUUUUCAAUGUCCUGGCUGAGCGAAGGAGGUUCUCACCCAAGAUUUGACGGUUCACGUCCUCGUGUAUCGUCCCUUUGAUGCGGUGCAGUUGUCCUGUCCCCUUAGCAGAAAAACAGCCCCAAAGUAUGUUUCCACUUUGAUGUUUGAUGGUGGGGAUCAUGGCCGCCACCAGAAACUUUGAGGCCCCUAACUCAGCUCAGGGUCUGGGCCCCCGGGGGCCCUCCUCCGAGCCCGCCCACAGGGACCGCCUCCAAAUCCCGCCCACAGGAAUACACACACUGAUACAAAAGGACACAGAUACAUACUAACACACACACAUACAUAUAGGCAUGUAUACUGACACACACAUACUGAGACAUACAGGCAUACAUAGUGACAGACAGACACAUACUAACAUACAUACAGACACACUUGCAUAAGGUCAUACAGACACAUACAUACACACAGACAUACAUUCAUAAUGACUUGCAGAUAUACUGACAGACAUACAUUCAUACUGACAUACAUGCAUACAGACACUGACAUCCAUACACACAUGCAUAAUGACAUACUGACAUACAUGCGUACUGACAUACAUGCGUACAGACAUGCUGACAUACAUGCGUACAGACAUACAUUCAUAAUGACAUGCAGACAUGCAUAAAUACAUUCAUAAUGACAUGCAGACAUGCAUAAAUACAUUCAUAAUGACAUGCAGACAUGCAUAAAUUCAUACAUACUGACUUACUGACACACACACACACACACACACAUACAGAGCUAAUUUUUCAGCCACCCUCCUGUUUCUUACCUUGUCUUUGCAGGAGGGUGGCUGGGGCUGAUGCGAGUCGACACGGCUCUCCCUCUUCACUGUCUGGCUCUCCUGCCGCGCGGAGUGAGCUGGGAGGAAGUGACCACUUCCUUCCAGCAGCACUUGCGUUGCGCCUGCAUUUUUUUUUAAAAGGGGCCCGGUCGCGCUAUUACUCUGUCACAGCGCUGACCGUGCCUCUAAAGAUAUAGGGACCAUGCGUGGGCCACCUGAUAGGCUCCAUCAGCGUGCGGGCCCCAGUGCAACUGCACCGGCGGCAGUUCCGCCGCUGCAUGUGGGGCCGGGCGGGCAGGCCCCCAUCAUGGUUGUCACCCCCUGAUGGUGGCCCUGGGAUGGUGUUCUUGGGGUCAUAGGCAGCAUUCCUCCUCCAAUCACUGCGAGUUGAGUUGAUGCCAGAGAGCUCGAUUUCUUUUUUUUUUGGUCUCAUCUGACCACAACACUUUCACUCCUCUGAAUCAUUCAGAUGUUCAUUGGAAAACCUCAGACCUUGCGGGCGCUACAGGAUUUUAGUCCUUCACAGCGUAGUGUGUUACCAAUUGUUUUCUUGGUGACUAUGGUCCCAGCUGCCUUAAGAUCAUUAACAAGAUCCUCCUGUGUACUUCUGGGCUGUUUUCUGGAGCAGUGGUCACAAAGGACUUCGACCUAACUUUUAAACCAAUGGAAGGAUUUGUAUGAUUUUGACGUAUGUUUGUAUUUGGAUUCUGAAAAUGUAAGUUUUAUGUGAGUGUGAUGUAUACUUUUGGAGUUAUGAAUAUGAGAAUAUAUGGUCUCAUCUGACCACAACACUUUCACUCCUCUGAAUCAUUCAGAUGUUCAUUGGAAAACCUCAGGCUGGCCUGUACAUGUGUUUUCUGGAGCAGCGGGGACCUUGCGGGCGCUACAGGAUUUUAGUCCUUCACAGCGUAGUGUGUUACCAAUUGUUUUCUUGGUGACUAUGGUCCCAGCUGCCUUAAGAUCAUUAACAAGAUCCUCCUGUGUACUUCUGGGCUGAUUCCUCACCGUUCUUAUGAUCAUUGAAACUCCACGAGGUGAGGUCUUGCAUGGAGCACCAUGGAAACUGACAGUUAUUUUGUGUGUGUUCCAUUUGCGAAUAAUUGCACCAACUGUUGUCACCUUCUCACCAUGCUGCUUGGCGAUGGUCUUGUAGCCCAUUCCAACCUUGUGUAGGUGUACAAUCUUGUCCCUGACAUUCUUGGACAGCUCUUUGCUCUUGACCAUAGUGGAGAAUUUGGAAUCUGAUUGAUUGCUUCUGUGGACAGAUGUCUUUUAUACAGGAAAGGAGCUUUAAGAGAGUGUGCGUAAUAUCAGCUCGUUACCUGUAUAAAAGACACAUGGGAGCUAGAAAUCUUGCUGAUAGGAGAUCAAAUAAAUAUUGUGGCGAAACUAACCUCGCCACUGGGUUAUGGAGAAGCCUGAUUGCCAGCCUCCUGCCUCAUGCAAUGGACCUUCUCAUCAGCCCAUGCUAGACUUAAACCCCAUGGCGAUUUCACUGUGUUUGUGGGAUCUGAGCGCUGUUUGGAUAUAUUGAGCGCUCAGAUCCAAGCCCUCUGGGGAUAGGUUGAAUGUGGGGGUUCUGUUCAGUAUGAUAGGAAUUAUGUAUUUUUGUGUAAUUUUGCUGCUGUUGUGAAUAGAGACAUUUUCUGUACUUGGAGAUAGUUGGCUUACCACACCCAGUUAAGCCAAUUCUCUCCAGGAUAGAGGACUCUGUGGAACUGGUUUUGGCUGGAAAGCCAUGCUUCAGUGGUCACAAAGGACUUCGACCUAACUUUUAAACCAAUGGAAGGAUUUGUAUGAUUUUGACGUAUGUUUGUAUUUGGAUUCUGAAAAUGUAAGUUUUAUGUGAAUGUGAUGUAUACUUUUAGAGUUAUGAAUAUUGUGCAAAACUGUGUAUUUUCCUGCCUGUGAUAAUUAAGUUAGCCCAUUGUGUUCAGUAAUUAUAUCACAGGCAGAGGGGAGGAUUUUGUGUGGGAGUGUCUGAGUGUAUUGUAUGUAUUGAUUGGUUGUACUUCAAAACCCCGUGGGCGGUACUAUGUUUGUAGAAUGGGCAUAAAAGCAGAAUGUUUGAAUAAAAGUUCAGUUCUACUUCACCCUCAAUUUGGAGUACCGUCUCUUAUUGGGGAAAUCUGCUACAAGGGAUUGCUAUGCUUGUCAUACUCCCUUGCUAUAAUCACUCCUAAGCUCUUUUAAGAGCUUGUUCCUGCUUCGCUCUGAAGGAAGAGAGGUUUGGCCUGUGGUGGUUGUGGUGUCGGCUAAAGUGCUUGGAGUCCUCAGGAAGCGCUAGGAGCAUUCAUCAACGGAGGUACCCAGUCGGGGUGCCAGGUGAUCCGUUACACCUAUUUAACUCAUUGACAUACAAAUCAAUUUACAACUUUUUUGACAUGCGGUUGGAAUUUUUUUGUUUUGUUUGUUAUUCUGUCUAUCACUGUUAAAAUACACCUACCAUAAAAUUAUAGACUGAUCAUUGCUUUGUUAGUGUACAAACGUUCAAAAUCAGCAGGGGAUAAAAUACUUUUUCCCCCUCACUGUAUACAGACAAAGUAAACACUAAUGUGUAAAUCCAAAGUAUUUACAGAGAAUACAUCUGAAUGAUUACUUUUAUAAUGUUUACGAUACAUAGGCAUACAUGUAAGGUCAUAACAUAUGUAGAUCUAUAAUUCCAAAUUGUAAAUAUGUAGCAUAGGGUUAUUAAAUCUUCCACCUUUUUAUACAUUAUACUAACUCAUCUUUCAUUUGUUUUAUUUAGUGCAAGUUGUUCACUCCUUACUAGGUUUUGCGGUUUGCUUUAUAAAACACUACUUAUUGAUCGCAGUCCUUUUUGUGGUUGUUGGAUCCUGUCUGGAAGACAGGUUAAAUGAUCUGAAUUUGACAUAAGAGUUUGGGCCGGUCUUCAUAUUUGUGAUUUCUCCUCCAACAUAAAAAGAUUUUUGCGGCACAAAACAUAAACCGGUCUAAGUGCUACUGUAAUGCCAUUUUUGUGUUGGACCAAAUUCCUGAUUUGCAAUUCUAAUAUUUACUAAAGUAAAUUUCAGACAGAAUUCAGUCAUGGCAACAGAAUCUGCAUCCCUUUGCUAGAUGCAGGUAUUAACUUUAAAAUCUAUUGCUUUUUGCAUCCAAAUACUAUAGAAACUAAAACUUUUGUGAAUUCUUCUUUAUUUCAGGGCAUUAGAAUAAAUAUUACAAAUCAAUGAUUGUAGAUAUUUCAUUUUUAUUUAUUUAUGUACAUUUAAAUCUAGGUAUUUUUUGUGGAAUCAGAAUGUGAUGAUCCAGAAGUAAUUGCUGCCAAUAUUAUGGUACGUAUUUAUCGUGGUUCUUAUCUCUUAGGCAAUAUACAAAAGUAUCCCUUCUCUUGUUUUUGUUAUUUACUAGUAUUUCAUAGUGUCAGGCUUUUUCAGAUUGCUUUAUUCACAUUACAAUAUAAGGUACGUUGGCAGAAUUCACGGUUCUGGAAAAAAAACAAAAAAACCUUUCAAGAUGCUAUUAUGACGCCUAUCUCCAAAUGUUGUUUUUCCUGGGAAGUGCUGAGCAGUGCAGUAUGCCUAUAACAAAUGGCUGGCGGUUUGCAGUGUUUUUGGCACAUAAUGUUAAUAACAAUUUGCUGAAAGAAAAAAAGUUGUUUGUAACCCUAGCUGGCUGCAAGGUCAUCUGCAAUCCUGUUGAAAAGCCAACACUGAACUUUAAACAUGUGAUUGAUAAGUAUUUAAAACUUUAAAUCAAUUUUAAGUCUUUGUUCUCCUCAAUAGUAUUUUUUUUUUCCAUUCUCUUUCGGGGGCGGGGGGUUUAUUUUUUUUCUAUUGGGUAAAUUCAACCUCAGAUGAACAACAACACAUAAUCUAUUACACUGUCGUGAUUUAAUUAAAAAAAAAUAUAUAGCCAAAAUGGAGAAGAAUAGGAAUCAAGAUGCUAAGUAACAGACAGGUGCUAACAAUACAAGAAAUGGUGAAUUGGCGCUAUAGAGCCAGAGAAUAUGCAACUACCCCCAGUGCCCAAAAUCACUAAAUGGCACUCAAAUACAAAGUGAUAGAAAAAAGAAUACAAGGGGGGUGCACAUAGAGCAAUAAGAAAGUAUAUUAUACUUAAUAUAAGUAGGACACCUCCUGUUAGACCUAUAAUAGAAAAACACAUAUAUAGUGUAACACUGUUAUAUACAAGACAUCAAUUGGUCACAGGUAUUGGGUCACUCACAGUGUGUAGAGCCACAUAAAGCUGGCUCUAGCUUAGGUGGCAGGUGAAUAAUAAGCUUAUUCUGGCUUUCAAUUUUCAGCUUUCCAAGUAGCUCUGCUCCUUUUCUCCGCCCUUUAAUAACUUCCAGGACAUCCAGUAUCAAUAAUCAAAAGUGACUUUACUGGUUAAAAUAAAGGAUACAGAAAAGGCUAAAAUGACAUAACAAAAUACACAGCACUAACGCGUUUCGACCUCCAGGUCUUUAUCAAAGUGUGUGGUGAGUGUUGGUCUUCUUCCUUUUAAAUGAUAUUCUCCUCUUCAAGUUUGGCGCCGUUUUGCCGGCGUCCGUCCUUACUUCCGGUUUCGCCGUAUUUCCGCGUCACGUGACCUCCCGUCCGAUCACGUGACCUUCCGUCCGAUCACGUGUUCAUGAUGUCACUUCCGGAUUUUCGGUCUUUCUUUCAUUCCCUGUGUAUUUUGUUAUGUCAUUUUAGCUUUUUCUGUAUCCUUUAUUUUAACCAGUAAAGUCACUUUUGAUUAUUGAUAUUGGAUGUCCUGGAAGUUAUUAAAGGGCGGAGAAAAGGAGCAGAGCUACUUGGAAAGCUGAAAAUUGAAAGCCAGAAUAAGCUUAUUAUUCACCUGCCACCUAAGCUAGAGCCAGCUUUAUGUGGCUCUACACACUGUGAGUGACCCAAUACCUGUGACCAAUUAAUGUUCUGUAUAUAACAGUGUUACACUAUAUAUGUGUUUUUCUAUUAUAGGUCUAACAGGAGGUGUCCUACUUAUAUUAAGUAUAAUAUACUUUCUUAUUGCUCUAUGUGCACCCCCCUUGUAUUCUUUUUUCUAACAGACAGGUGCUGCUAAUCAAAUGCCCUUGAUUAAUUGAUCAUCAGCAAGUGUGACCACUUCUCUAAAAAAAGAAGUUUGCUGGUCUGGAGCAUUCAGGUGUGUGUUAACACAGUGCCUGACUGGGAAGGGUUAUAAGGCCAUUUCCAAACAAUUUAAAGUCCAUCAUUCUACAGUGAGAAGAAAUAUUAAAAAGUGGAAAACAUUCAAAAUAGUUGCCAAUCUUCCCAGGAGUGAUGUUCCAGCAAAUUCAUCCCAAGAUCAGACGAUGCAAUGUGCAGAGAAAUUGCAAAAUCAAACAGUUUUUUAUUAUUUAUACAUGCAUCCGUUAACCUGUUAGAUGUUAAAGGGACACUAUAGUCACCAGAACAACUACAGCUUAAUGUAGUGGUUCUGGUGAGUAUAAUAGCUCCCUUCAGGCAUUUUCAUGUAAACACUGCCUUUUCUGGGAAAAGGCAGUGUUUACAUUGCCCCUAGGGACACCUCCAAGAAGCCACUCCUUAGAUGGCCACUGGAAAAGCUUCCAGGCUCAGGGCUGCACAGUAAGCAGCCCUGCCAUUCAGCGUCACCACGCUCUGCAUGGAGACGCUGAAUGUUUCUCAAAGAGAUGCAUUGAUUCAAUGAGGAGGUCCUGCUUGGCGGAAAUGGCAUUUGGCCCCACCCCGUGCCGAUUUUAGCCAAUCCAAUGCUUUUCUCUAUGGGAAAGCAUUGGAUUGGCAAAAAAUCUGGCAUUUUGAUGUCACAAAGGGGGCGGAGCCAGCACCUGCGGACCUGCACGGCGCUGGGUAUAAGGUGAGUUUUUAACUUUUUUUUAUAGGGGGCUAAGGGAGGGGCGAGCCACCUAAAUGGUGGGUUAAACACUAUAGGAUCAGGAAUACAUGUUUGUGUUCCUGACCCAAUAGUGAUCCUUUAAAGUUCAUGACAGUACAAUUAGAAAAAGACUGAACAAGUAGGUAUUGUUUGAAAGGGUUGCCAGGAGAAAGCCUCUUCUUUCUAAAAAGAACAUGGCAGCAUGGCUUAGGUUGCAAAGUUGCAUCUGAACAAACCACAAUAUUCUGGAACAAUGUCCCUUUGGACAGACGAGAGCAAAGUGGAUAUGUUUGGCCCUAAUGCACAGCACCGCGUUAAGCAAAAACUGAACAACUCAGCACAAACCCUUCAUACCAACUGUCAAGCACGGUGGUGGAGGGGUGAUGAUUUGGACUUGGGAGGACAUGGGAACCUUGCAGUCAUUGAGUUGACUAUGAACUCCUCUGUAAACUAAAGUAUUCUAGAGUCAAAUGUGAGGCCAUAUAUCAUACUGCUCAUGCUUGGCCAAAAUUGGGUAAUGCAACAGGACAAUGAUCCCAAGCUUACCAGCAAAUCGACAACUGAAUGGCUGAAAAAGACAAGAACCAAGACAUGGUGUAAUAUGUCAUGUAUUGUUGUUGUUCAUCUGUUGUUGACAACCUGUCUUUACAUAAUUUUAACACCUGCUAAUGAACAGAUGAUUAUGUCCUGAUGUGUAAAAUCAUAGCAUUUAAAGAGGGUGUACUUUAUAUUUCCCAUGAUUGUGUUUGUGUAUAUGUGUGCAUGUCUGUCAUAACUGUAGCUGCCGCUCGGCACAUGCAGCUUCCAGGGGCAGCUGUGCAGCAGAGACCAUGUCUUUGGUCCCCCGCCUCUCCAGCCAGAGUGAACGCUGUUCGCCAGUACCCCUCCAAGAUGGAGGCUGCCCAGCGUUUACGAUGCUUCUGGCACUUCCUCACUCUCGCGAGGCUGCCUUAUCACUGUGGCAGCCUAGCGCUACCUACAGGAAUCCUUAGGAAUUGCAGGAACCUGUAGGUUUGGAUGUUUUUAUACUAAAAUAGUUACCGGUCAUUAUUGAGGGACACAUAAUCUGCUCUUCACAAGUCACACCCUUUGUGUGAAUUGGUGCUGAGUGAUGAGGCGGUCCAAUAGAAUUCUGGCCAUCCCUAUAUAAAUUCCCCUCUUUCUGAGAAUCAUUGCCCUGUCGUGGUUUAUUUUACCCAAGAGUGUGUACUGAGUGGUUGUUUUUCCUGUUACUGACCCGGCUUCGCUUUGACUAUUCUGAUCUUCUGUUUCCCUGACCUCUGCUUGUUUAUUCAUAUUUCAAGUGUCUAUGGCGUCCUUGACCGUGGCUUUCUUUUGACUGUGCAUUUUAGCCGAUCUACGGCACAUGCUGGCCUGACCACUCUAAGCUUCGGUACACAUAUCUACCUCUGCCUUUUACUUGGUUUUUGUUAGUGUUUCCCUAAAUUCUCUGUUUAGGGAUCACCUAAUCCUGACAAUGUCACACUCCACAUGGGUUUAGCCAAGGCUACAUUUUCUUAGAAGAAACAAAGUGUCCCAGGAAGGGCCUAUUGGUGUGUACAAGUGAACCUGAAUAGGGGGUAACCCUUAAUUGUAACAAUCAGAAAAAUACAUAAAUGUCCUCAGGAUAUAAAAUCCAACCGACACAAAAAGGUUCCUUGAGAAAUAUAGAACUAAUAUAGAACUAGAAAUAUAUACAAUUAGAUACAUUUUAUUUAAUAUUUAGAGAAAAGACAUAUAACAUUAACCCAUUACCUGAAAAAUGUUGCAAAGAAUGGAUUGGUAUAUCGGCUGCAGUAAAACUCUUGUGGCUAUGAUAGAAGGCAAUAGAAAGCUCAAUGAAUUAACGCCACUAUUAUUGGUAAAUUUUAAUGAAUAGAGGGAAUACGAAGAACUCUAGACUAGUAGUUUUGUGGACAUAAUUGGUGUGAACUCUGCUGUUGGGUGGAGGGUUUUACUGGGGCAAGUUUUUUUUGUAACCAAGUCUGGGUGUCUGGCAUCAAGCCAUCUUUUCUGCUAAUUUUUGUAGUCCGCGACCUUGAAGUUGAAUUUCUAUCUAGUCCUUUUAUAGAAGGUUUUUGCAGAGAUAUCUAUUUUUUGGGGGGUUUUUUUGGCCAUUAUAAACCCAUUCUUUGUAACGUUUUUUCAGGUAGCAGUCUGUGUUGAUACUGUUACACUGGAUACAUUUGAUUCAAUAAAGGUUUUCUUCAGUAAACAAUAUUAUUUAGGAAAUUGUGCUUCCGACAUUCUGUCAGUAUCCUUAUAACAGGAAGGAAAGUAAAUUCCAUUGCAUUGAUUGCAUUGUUAAGUACACUUCAGGCUGUUUAUUCUCUAUUUGGGUCAAAAGAAAAUUUCAUGGCAACUCACAGCUUAUUCGCAACUCCGGCUCAAUUUGCUAGGCCUGAUCGUACCUGGUCCUCCAUUCACUCUUUCUCAAAAUACUAAGUUAGACCUGCAGGUCUCUGGAUUUUUUUUUUUUUUUUUGGCACAAGGUGCUUCAAGCUGUGGUAAAAUGUCUUCCCGCCCAUUUGAGAUUGCUUUUAUCCCCAUUGUGUACUUCCUCUAAUCUGGAGGGGGGAAAAGCUAAUUAUACUUACAGUAUAUUUCCUAAUCCUUGGGAUUGAAGUCUGUUCACAUAUGUCCCUCUUUAUUUAAUAAAUGUAUUUUCUGGGGUUUCUGAAUUGGUUUGGAGCUUUUACCUUGUGGGGAGGAGUCUUAGGAAGUACUUAAAGGACCACUCCACAUCCCAAAAGCACUUCAGCUUGCUGAAGUGAUUUAUGGGUAUGGAGUAUCAUAGUUUAACCCCAGUUUAUAAAAGUGCUGAUUUCUAUGAGAAAUCAGCAAUUUUAUUAAUUAACUAGGGAACACCUCCCUGGCUACCAAACAGUCUGUCCUACUUGAGCGUGCCUCCCUUCCCCUCCCUCACAGACCUCCGAUCAGACACGCAUAGAAGAGCCAGCGUACGUGAGCACCAACUCAGCGGCUUAUCAAUGAGAAGCCUCUGUUAUUUCCCUGUGAAGAAACUGAAAGUCUCUUCUGGGAAAAUAGGGGAGGGCUUUCUAAGGCUGCAAAUUAUAAGAUAUGCAGCCUUUUCAAGCUUAUUUUAAGAUAUACCCCAAUGAAAUAUAUGCAUGAAAAAAUGAGAAAUUAAUGCAUGUAUUCGAUGGAGUUAUGUCUACUAAAGAGUGAUUUUUUUAUUUUUUUUUGUACAGACACAUAUAGCCAAAUUUCAGGUUUUGUUUUCAGCAGAACUUGUACAAUUGCGUUGGGCCUUAAGGGGUUAAUUUGUUAAUUCAAAGUUUAGUAUUUAAUUUUCUAAAUUUUUUUUAUUAUCAGGAAGUGAAAGUUUCUAGCCCUGAUUAUCCUGAAAGAAACAGGGAGAAUGUUAUGGAUGAUUUCCUGAAGAGGAUUGAGUGUUAUAAAGUUACUUAUGAGCCUCUGGAUCCUGAUUCUUACGACAAGUAUGUUACACGCAUGUUUUGUUAUUUCUCACUAGUCCAAUGAAAUGUAAUACCUGUGUCAAAAUCCGAAAGCGUGUUCUGCUACAACUUCAGUGGGUCCACAAUGGUUUAAACAGUAUCUUCCUUUGAUUGGAAUCUCGGUAACUGCACACAUUUCUUAAGCACUAUGGAGACUGAAAAAUAAGAGUCUGUUCUGCAGAAUUAGUUGUGAUAUAUAGUACAUGAUUGUUGCAGGAUGCGUCACUAAGAUACGUAGUUUAGGUACCUUUCCUAAAAUACCACUCUAAACGGUAAUAAAUGACGCAAGCAGGAAACUUCUUAGAACAGUAAACAUGCCAUAAGGAAACAACUGUGCUUAUAAACUGAGAUGUUUCACAUAAUCCAUUUGUAGGUUUGACGACAUUUGAUAACAAGGAGUUAUUGUUGAAUAUUAUAAAGCAACUUUGUGAGAUCCCUGUAAGAACAAGAAUUCUAACCACAGCCAGAAUGUCCAAACACAAGAAAUUAAAUGCUGCAACCACUACUUUCGGGUAGCAGCAAUGGCUAUAGUAUUCACCAGUUCAAAUAGAUAGGAGAAAAGCAAAAAAAAAAAGUUACCUGUACACUGUCACAAAUGUAAAUAAUUGGAGGUUUGUAUUGUCACUCUAAUGGCCAUUAAAUUGCAAAGUCAAGAGAAAAUCUUUUAGGAGAGUCCUACACUAACAAUUCACUUUGCUGCUUUCAGGUAAAAGUAAAGUCUCUGAAACAGAACGGGGUUCUUAUAACCUCCUAUUCAUUUAUUAACCCUUAAUCGGUUACCCAUGGAGUAGGUGGCAGUACUCAAACAUGGUUGUGUAAUACAGAAACCACUUUUUUUUCUAUGUGUUUGGGCUGGUGAAUACUAUAGUCAUUGCUGCCACCUAAAAGUACUAAGAGGUUGAGCACAGGGCUUAAUUUUGCUACAUCGCCGGUGAGGGUGGGAUAGGUAAACGUGAGUUUGUUUACCUGAACCUGUCCCUCGCAGAUGCCACCACCAAUGCUCUGUCACUGCUGCAUGCGCCAGAGUACAGCUUUGGGGUCUACGGGGGAAUCCCGCAAGAACCUGGGAUCCUCCAUAAACACACUUAUGACAGCUGCAGGGAUUGACUCUGCAACUGUCCACAUUGUGUCAAAGAAAGUCAAGCAGGGAAGAAAUACAGAGACUCUACUUUGUCUCUGAAUAUUUCUUGGCUGGGUUUGAAUUUCAAGUGAAAUUCCAACACAGUCAUAAUGAGUAUUUCAUAAAUACUACGUUUUCAGGAAAGGGGGUGACCAUGCUGCUUUGAGAUUAGAGAAAUUCCAAAAGGUGCGAGGGAUCGCCAUGUUGGGUGAAAAAAAUGUAUUCUGUUAAAACAAAUAAACAUUUGCAGUAACCAAGAAAUAGACCCAAGGAUAGACCAGGCAAAAUUCUGUUGUAUUACAAAGCCUUUCUUUGGGUGACCGGUAUUUCAUUCUUUCAGUUAUGUAGUUGAAUAGUAAUCUAGGUUUGAAAAAAAUGUAACGUCCCUCAAGUUCAAGUCAGAAGCCUGUUCUUUUAUGCUGUUAUUACAAAAGAAGGCAAAAAAAAACCAGUUGUAGUUGUACAUAGUCCUAUUUUACUCUCAAUAAAAACUUUAUUAAAAACAAAACAAAAAGAAAUCUACCUGCACUGAUCACAUUCAUUACUCUGGGCUCUUACAGGGAUCAUUCGCUAAUUAAAGUUAUUAACGUGGGCCAGAGGUUCCUUGUCAAUAGAGUGCAGGAUUAUAUUCAAAGUAAAAUUGUGUACUACCUCAUGAACAUUCAUGUCCAACCGAGAACUAUCUACCUGUGCCGACAUGGUGAAAGUGAAUGUAACCUUGCAGGAAGGAUUGGAGGAGAUUCGGGACUCUCUCCAAGGGGAAAACAAGUAAGUCCCUUCAAGCAACAUAAUCAUUCAUCUUCUCAUACAUAUGUCUCUUAUUGUUUUUGAGAGUGUGAAAGAAGUGUGUGUUUCUGUUAUUUGCCUGUGUAUGGUCACUCUUUGUCCCUGUCUACAUAUUUUGCAUUUCCAUAGUGAAUAUCUGCAUGCUAUAAUGCAUUAUGUCAGCACUUAUUUAGUACCAAUAUUUACACAGAUAUCUCCGUAAACAACAUUUUUGAUUCCCUUUAAAUCAAAAUUCUGGAUUCUUAUUUUGUUCGCUGUAGUACCAUGCAGAAGACACAUGGACUUUUUAUUUAUUUUUUAUUUUGCAUAGAUAGUGUGAAUAAUUCUAUAAGCAAUGGUGUCUGAUAUGUCAUAUUGUUUUUUGUCUUGCAAAAUUUUCUUGGGAGCCAUUUUCAAUUAAGGUUUUGUUUGAGUUAUCUAUAUUAACUUUUGUACAAGUACAAACUGGUAUGUUUGUUUAUUUCAGGUUCUGUUUGAUUGUUUUGAUUUGGCUACUAGUCAGGUGUUACAUAGUUAUUUAGAAAGCUAAUUAUUGUGAAUUUAUCAAACCGUCCUUGCAAACACAUAGAGACAACUUAAGUUUCAUUUUCCCUGCUGUCCGGUAAUUUAAAAAAAAGAUUUAUAUAGAAACUGGAAUAUUUUUUAUUUAAAAAAAAAAAAAAAAAAAUUAUUUUUAUUUUUAGUUAUACCUUACUACUUUAUUUAUAUAAUGCAUUAAAAUAUACUGUCACAUUUAUAUAGUAAAACUCUUAAAACUUAUUUUUAAGAUUGUGGAAUUAGUGUGACUUUUUUUUUAAAAUCACUUUUUUCCACCCCAAUUUGAGUGAACCAGGUUGUGGUUUAGCCUCAAGGCAUGUGAAUCAUGGGCAUGCUACCUGCAGACAAAACUGCUAUAACAGCUUAGUGGACUAUCUUUUUAUAAAUCGCUAUCAUGUGUGCUCAGGGUGCACUAAGUGCUUUUGAUUUUUACCCUGAGCCUUUGAGAUACCAACCACAGUAAUCAGUAGUUGAAUUGCUCUAAUCUACUCAUAUUUUUAUUCAAUUGUUCAGUUUGCCAAGGCUCUCAGAAAGUUUAUUGAGGAACAGGACAUUGGGGAUCUCAAGGUUUGGACCAGUCAGCUGAAGAGAACAAUCCAAACAGCAGAGGCUUUGGGCGUGGACUAUGAACAAUGGAAAAUUCUAAAUGAGAUUGAUGCUGUAAGUAUAGCAUUAGUCGAGUGGCACAAUCUAGGUGUGUUGUGUUUGUGUGUGUCCAGAUAAUAAUGUUCUUUGUGCCUGAAUACUGAAUCGCCAUAUCUGUUUAUUUCCAGUAUAUUUGCCAAUUAAUUAAACUAAUUACACAAGAUUAAAAAGAAAUCCUACUCCAAUGUCUGUUUUUCUCUGUAUCCCACUGUUUGAUAAUUGUACAAUAUUAGUGUAUAUAUGUGUGUGUGUGUGUGUGUGUAUAUAUAUAUAUAUAUAUAUAUAUAUAUAUGUGUGUAUGUGUAUGUAUAUAUAUAAAAUUAUUUUAUUUUUGUUUGUUUUUUAAUUGCAUUAGAUCAAAUAGUCACACUCCAUGGGUUUUGCAUAGGUCUGUACCCCCUUUAAGUAUAUUCUAGCUAAACUGAACACUUUCCAUAAGCUAUUUGUCGGUGACUGCAUACAAUAAUGUUUGAGCUACACCAGUAAGAGCAAGUCCGUUGUGGUGUGCCGAAAACUUCCCAGGUUGGUAGGAAGGUAAUCACGAAGAACUUAAUAAUGUAAUUAAUUGAUUUGAUUGGGCAAACAUGUUUAAAAACUGUUUCUUUAUUUUAAAAUUAUGUUUCUUUAUUUUAUAUACCCCAUGGGCAUUGACAGCCAAUUGGGAAAUGCUUAUUUUUAAAUUUGGUGUGGGUGCAUCACAAAAGGGAAAUUUAAGUUUCAGGUGCAGACAGAGAUAGUGCUUUCUCUCUGUUGUAGCGAUAAUCAUGAAAGGUCCAAAAAAAGUCCAGCUUUGUAACGGUGUUCAUGUGUCUGAUGUACUGCACCUCUUCAUGUAGGGUGUAUGCGAAGAGAUGACCUAUAAAGAGAUUGAAGAAAAGUACCCAGAGGAGUUUGCAAUGAGGGACCAGGAUAAAUAUCUAUAUCGCUACCCUGGUGGAGAGGUAAUUUUUAAGUUUGAAUAUCUGCAAUUUGCUGGGAGUUACUGCCCCUUUAAACCAUAAAAUACAAUUGUGAUUCUAAUUUUCUAAGAAAUCAUCUAUAUUCUGAGACAUUGUCAGAUGGCUACUGCUCUUGUUUACUCAUUCAGGUUUGUCACCUUUAGUCCUACCAGGAUCUAGUUCAACGGCUGGAGCCAGUCAUCAUGGAGCUGGAGCGUCAGGGGAAUAUCUUGGUCGUUUGUCACCAGGCUGUCAUGAGAUGUCUUCUGGCAUAUUUCUUGGACAAAAGUGCAGGUAACAAAAAUUAAUUGGCCUGCCAGUGAUCAAAUUAAUGUGCUGUGGAAUUGUUUGUUACUGAAAUGCAGGUGAAACCUAUCCAGUGAUAUUCACUAAACCAAUAGGGCCCAUGGUAGCCCUUAAGACUUUCCAACAGUCAAGGAUUUAGUAAUUUUCCUAAUUUUGUUCUAGUGAGUGAUAAAAUCAUGGCUAUUGCUCAGCCUUGUGCCUUUGCCACUGGUUUGUAAACCACUGCUUUAAACCUUGAUUUGUCAGGAAUUGACCAGUAAAUUUCAACUUUUAGGCCAAAUUAGCCAGGUGACUAAAAAUUCUUCAGCUCUGUUAUUUUGACCUAAAAAGUAAAGUUCCGAGGUGAUAAUUCAGUAAAUAACCUUGCAUACUUUUACCACUCGAGUAGAAUAUUGAUUCAUCAUGUAAGAAUCCAGAGAUACUACACCCUAGAUGUGCAAAAUGUGCAAAACACCAGUUCUUAAGAGGACAGAGUUAUUUAUUGUGAAUUGUCAGGGAUUCAAAGUGAAUUUCUCAUUUUAAAGGAACGCUAUAGUGUUCCCCUCACUGUUGAGAUUCAGCCUCCUCCAAGUCAUGUCAAAAAAAGGAUUUAACUUGACUUUCUUUCUAGAGCCAAAACUCACUCUGUGCAUACACUCUGAUCGCCUCCUGCAACAUCAUCCAGAAGGAUAAGAUUCUUAGUUUUCAAAGCUAAUUGAAGAGGAAGAAUUAAUCCAAUGCUUCCCUUUAAACAGAAUUUGAUGACGUUCAACGUUGUCAGGAUAAAAGCCCACUGCACGCAGAUCAUUUCAUUAAGAUGAAGUAGUGUGGGUGCUUCUAGUGGUCCUUUAAGUCAAUAGUCGAACUACAAACAUUCUCCAAUUUAGUUAUGUUUCAGUUUAUUCUAAAUUCCUGACAAUUAAAAAAAUGUUUUCAUUAAAAGUCCACUAUAGGCACCCAGACCACUUCAGCUUAAUGAAGUGAUCUGGGUGCCAGGUCCAGCUAGGGUUAACCCUUUUUUCUAUAAACAUAGCAGUUUCAGAGAAACUGCUAUGUUUAUAAAUGGGUUAAUCCAGCCUCAGUGGCUGUCUCUUGAGAGCCGCUAGAGGCGCUUGCGUGCUUCUCACUGUGAAAAUCACAGUGAGAAGACGCCAGCGUCCAUAGGAAAGCAUUGUGAAUGCUUUCCUAUGGACUGACUGAAUGCGCGCGCAGCUCCUGCCGCGCAUGUGCAUUCAGCCGAAGAGGAGGAGGAGAGCUCCCCGCCCGGCGCUGGAGAAAGGGGUAAGUUUAACCCCUUCCUCACCCCAGAUCCCGGCGGGAGGGGGACCCUGUGGGUGGGGGCACCCUCAGGGUACUAUAGUGCCAGGAAAACGAGUAUGCACUAUAGUGGUCCUUUAAUAUGCAAAACUAUAUUACAAAGCUAAUGAAGUGUAUGGGAGAUUUAAGACCAGAAGAAAGGUUUGCUAUUUGCAAAAUUGUACAAGGGAUAUAAGACACAUUUGAGGAUAGGCAAUAAAGAUGUGCCCUUUAUUUGAAAAGAUCUUUCAAAUAUAAUCGAUGUCUUUUUAAAAACUGAUAGGAUACAUUUUUUUUUUUUUUAUUUUUUUUUUAGAAAACUGGUUAACUCUUGGGGUUAACCACAAUAUUUAUGAUUAGCAUUGUGAUAAAUUUUCACAUCCAACUAGGUGUAGUUAAAAAUAAAAAUGUAAAUGUAUAUGGGUUGUUUUUUGAAUCAACAUUUUCAGCAGAUGUUCAUGUAAGAUUGAAAAAUCAUCAGACCCAACUACUUUGUCAGCUCACUUGUUACUAAGUUACUAAUACAUUACUUGUAUUUUGUUAGUUCAUAAAGUUUUUUUAUUCAUUUUUUUCUUUUUGUUUUUGUACUGAAUUUAGAUGACUUGCCAUACCUUCGAUGCCCACUUCAUACAGUACUGAAACUAACGCCUGUAGCUUAUGGUAAGUGUUCAAUUUAGCUAAAAUAUGCGUGAAAAGGUUAGAGACCUAUGCAUGCAAAACCCAUGCAGUGCGACAAUUUGAUGUUAAUGUAAAUGUGAUCUAUUAUCUUAGGGAUUUAGACCGUACUUUAAUAUAUUGGAUAAUUUAAAAUUAUUUAAUAUUGAAAUAAAUAAAUAUAUAUAUAUAUAUAUAUAUAUAUAUAUAUAUAAUAUUUUAAUAUUUUGAAGAAAUAAUUUCAAAAACGUAUCCAAAAAUAUUGAAUCGAGACUUUGAUUAGAAAGGUAUGUGACUGUUAAGUACCUUGCGCAUCAACCGUGUUUCCACUGUACUGCUUUGCUUUUCACUGCUGUGGAGUAGCUUGAUUUGGUUCUUCAUGCCCUCCUCAUUGCAACAAAAACAGUAGGGUUUAAAUUAUAGACCUGUUCUUUAGCCAUAUCACUUAAAGGAUCACUAGAGUGCCAGGAAAACAAACUCGUUUUCCUGGCACUAUGUAGUCCUUAGGCCCCCCCCACCUUGAUGGCCCCCCUCACACUGGGCUGAAGGGGUUAAAACCCCUUCAACCACUUACUUUAAUCCAGCGCUAGUGACCUUUCUUCCCCCUCUGACGUUGGCUCCCGAGUGGAGUCGAAUGUACAUGCGCGGCCAGAGCUGCGUGCGCAUUAAAACCGCCCAUAGGAAAGCAUUACUCCAUGCUUUCCUAUUGUCGCCAGCGUCUUCUCACUGUGAUUUUCACAGUGAGAAUCGCAGAAGCGGCCUCUAGUGGCUGGAUUAACCCUGCAAGGUUAAAACUAGAGGGACGUGGCACCCAGACCACUUCAUUGAGCUGAAGUGGUCUGGGUGCCUAUCGGGGUCCUUUUAUCUGGGUGUUUUUUUUUUGUUUUUUUUUUGUUUUUUUUUUUAUAACCAGUUCACUGAACCACAUGGAAUAGGACUUAUGAACAUUGAUCACAUGCCAUUGUCAAUAACAAGGCAAAUUUGUUUUCUCAUUCAUUUAAGGAAAAGUUGAGCUUUGGUCUGAUUAUUCCAAAAUGUAGUUAUUAUUAUUUCUUAUUUUUAGAGUUAUUCUAGUUUGUGCCUGCAAAGUAGAUUGCAAAUUAAAAUGUGAACUUAUCAGCAGUUAUACUUGACAUUUUCACAGAAAUCUUCAAAUAGUUUUAUUUUUUUAGUAUCUUAUUUCAUAAAAUAGUUGAUUGUAUAUGUGAUGCCCUCAAAUUCCAAUAUACUGAAGAAAUGUACAACUGAGAGAUGUUUUACCCUCACUGAUAUAGAAGUGCAGGGUGUUUUUAGAUAAUGAAUCCCGGCAUAAUGAGAGAGAACGCCUUUUAAAGGGAACUUUAAUGUUCCUGGAUUUUUAAUAUUAUAUUUACUUAUCCCAACAUUUAAUAACUAUAUAUAUUUGAGUUAUUAAGAUAAAAUUAAUUGUUGCAAUACACUUGUUUUUAUCCUGCAACUGGGCAACUCCAUCUUGGCUCCCUGUCAAUCAUUGUUAUAAGCUCUGAUAAAAGGAGAAAUUAAGUAGUGUAUUCAUAAUUUUCAAUGCUAGCCCUUGUCAUGUCUUGACUGAACUGAAUUAUAAUGUAAUUCGAUAUUUGUAAUAUGAAUUUAAGCAAAGUGUGUGUGUAUGAAUGUAUAUAACUGUUAUUAAUGUAGCCAUGUUUCAUCUAAAAGGUAUGCUUCUUCAAUAGUCUGCCAAGUUUAGAUCAGUUGACAGAGCAAUAGAACCCUUCAUACAAACUAGUUAAUGUUUAAAUGAGCAAUUUUUGCUUGUUAGGGCCAUUUAGUCAAAGAGCAGCUUUUUGACCCUUCUUUGAAAGCAUCACAUGUAACUGCUGUCUUGUGCAUUUAGAUUAAUAGAGUUUAUUGUGUGUGCUUUGUCAAGCUAAUCUACUGCAACCCUGGAAUUGUUCAAAUGCACUUUUCUUUAAAGGAUUACUCCGACCUAACACAAAUGUUUUGAAAAAACUAAUUGGUUAGAGUAACCCUUCCUAGCCUGAUCCGCCCCUACCUAAAAAAAAAAAAUAAAAAAAAAAAUAAAGCUAAAACUUAACUCCGUUUCAGUGUCACUGCCAAGUUUUUACUACAGCCUGAUCGUCCUUUGAUGAUGCACUCCCCCUCAACACAGGGGGAGGGCUGAGGGGAGGACAUAUACUCUCCCCCACCUUUCCAUGCAACUAUUGGCUUUCUGGACCAGCAUGGUGUCAAACACUAAAUUUGCACAGGAUUCAUAUUAGCCAGCCUGGAGCUCUUACACCUCCAGCAGCAUAGGGGUAAAUCUCUGUAUACUUAUAGUGAUUCAUAACGCAAUGCUGCACCUUCUGACUUGGGCACCAUGACCACUUCAAAUCAUCUUUUUCUGAUUCCUGAAGAUCCCACAUUUGAUAUCCGAGGCAUCCAGUGGAUGGGUUAAAAUUGUUAUUUACCAGGUGAAGCAUAGAAAGUGAAAAUAACAUCCGUAACAUCUGUGAAAUGUUACGUAAAUAUUAUAAUUUUAUAUAAAUUCAUUCUACGUAAAUUUUGAUAUUUAUAUUGCAUAUUUUAUAAAACUUUCAUUUAUUGUAAUAUAGUCAUAAUUAAGCAAACUUUUAAUAUAGUCUCACUUUAACCCCUUAAAGGACCACUAUAGUGCCAGGAAAACAUACUCGUUUUCCUGGCACUAUAGUGCCCUCAGGGUCCCCCUCCCGCCCGGCUCUGGAAGGGGGAAAGGGGUUAAAACUUACCUUUUCAGCGCUGGGCGGGGAGCUCUCCUCCUUCUCUCCUCCCGUCGGCUGAAUGCGCAGCGGCAAGCGCCGCAAGAGCUGCGCGCGCAUUCAGCGGUCACAUAGGAAAGCAUUCAUAAUGCUUUCCUAUGGACGCUGGCGUGCCGUCACUGUGAAAAUCACAGUGAGAAGCACGCAAGCGCCUCUAGCGGCUGUCAAUGAGACAGCCGCUAGAGGAAAUAGGGGAAGGCUUAACCCAUUCAUAAACAUAGCAGUUUCUCUGCUAUGUUUAUGAAAAAAUGGUUUAACCCUAGCUGGACCAGGCACCCAGACCACUUCAUUAAGCUGAAGUGGUCUGGGUGCCUAGAGUGGUCCUUUAAGGACCAAACUUCUGGAAUAAAAGGGAAUCGUGACAUGUCACACAUGUCAUGUGUCCUUAAGGGGUUAAUAUAGAGAAAUGCAAUGUUUUUGUAAUUUUUUUUUCUUUUCUUUUUUUAUAUCUGUAUGUCCCCCUUUUUCUUUACUCUGUAAACGGCUGACGUACUGCACAUACUGUUAUUUCUUAUAAACAAGCAAACCACCUAUUUGAAAACUGAGGUCCAUAUCUGCUUCUCAUAUCUGCAUUUUUAUUUUUUUAAUCAAUCUAAUCUGUCCUUUUAUCAAUGUAUGUAUUCUCUCUCGCCAUCAACCAUAUAUGUGUUAAGUCUUUUACAAUAUGCACAUGCUCUCUCUUUUCCCAUCUAGAUUUAAUUUUUGGAUACACUUUUCCAGUUUUCUAUACAUACAUACAUAACAAAUUUCAAAAGAUCACAAAAUUUUAAUAUUUUUCAUAAUAUAAAACCAUUUUUAAAAGUUUAUCCAAAAUUUUUAAAUCAUGUGAAACGUAUUAAAUCAAGGCUUAGGUAUUAAAUAUGUGUAUUAUAAUUUUCCACCUUUUGUUGCCAGUAUAUCUUCUGAAGUCAUAGUGGAAAGCAAAAGAACAAAGUCUUGGUUGCUCUGUAUACAAUGUUUAAUAUAAAGAAAUACAUCAUAUACAGUGCAAAUUACUGAACGAUUGAUAUUUAGUACAUCAAAUUAUACAUCAGAGGAAACCAAAUUCUGUUUUAAUGCUUUAUCUUCGCUUUAAAUAAGGCACUGGUGUACAUUACUCGCAAUAACCCCAGAAAAAAAGAUCUCCUUUUUCUUUUCCAAUAUCUGCACUAAUGCAGAUUUCUAGUAAUUACGGUGUAUUAAAAUAUGUGUGUGCGUUGAGAUUUUUGUACUUUUAGAUGUGUCCUGUGGUAACUUGACUGAACACUGAUUAAAUAGCAGAGUUCACUUUUCCAUUAAUAGGCCUCCUGGUUUUCAUUGGAACAAUGUAGGUUCCCCUGCUCAAUUUAUUUUGGGGUUCACUCAGCCUGGUAUUUUGACCAAUUUUGAGUCAUGGAUUUUUGAGUACAUUUGCCAAGUUCUAUUGCCCAGGCAUAAAACUACACUUAUUUCCUCCAGAAUGUUGGCACAUGACUAACUUUGUCCUCUGUUUCUUAUCAUUAAGGCUGUAAGGUGGAAUUGGUAAAACUUGGUGUAGAUGCUGUGGAAACUCACAGAGAGAAGCCCGCGGUAAGUAAUUUUCUUUUUCUUUUUUUUUUUCAUGAUUUAGACUUUUUGUUUUUUCAGUUUAAUAUGUGGAAAAUCUUAAAUUUUACACGGUCUACAUGUUUUGCAAGUUGUUUUUCUUCUAGUGAUUCAUGUUUACUCCAUAACUUUUAACACGUAACACAUACACAGUGUGUGUGUAUACAGUCACGGGAAGAAGAAAGUACACCCUAUUAAAUUCUAUGUUUACAUAUCAGGACAUAACAAUAAUCUGUUACUUAGCAGGUCUUUAAACCAGAUAAAUACAACAUCAGAUGAACAACAAUAAAUGACAUAUUACACAGAGUAAUGAUUUAUUUAACAAACAUAAAGCCAAAAUGAUGCCUAAACAUUUUUUUUUUUGGAUUGCUAUUCUAUGUGGUCAGUGGCCUCGCAAAUGCAAUAUUUACAUGGUCUUUGUUGUAGGCUUUCAUGACUUGGAGUUUGACAUCACUACAACAACAACACAUACAAGUGAAAUCUACAAAUGCUUUUGUUUUAAACAUAAUUUUUGUUGUUUUUUUGUUCUGCUUUUAUAUAAAGAUCUGUUACUUAUUUGUAUAUAAGAUAUUUUGUGCCAUAUAUUACACUUUAGAACAGCAAUUUAUUUAUGUUUAACAAAUUAAAUUAAAGCUACAUUUAUUUAAUAAAGCAAUAUUCUGUAAAAAAGAAAUGUACAUUGGGUAUAAGAAACUUAUACUGUCGAUCCUAUAAGAAAAUCUCAUUAGCUAUUAAAAAAAAAAACCCCUCUGUUUAUUGAAUCUGUAUCAUUGAACUAAUGGGGCUAUUUGAAAACUGUCCGUCCAUUCCUCUCUCUCUCUUUCUUAAAUUUGUUACAGAGUAUGCGGUUGUAAUGUAUUCAUUCUGCAGUUAAAUUGUUGUCUAUCGACAACCCUGGAGUAGAUAAUAGGUUUUCUGAGGACCACCCACUGACCAAAAGUCAAUACCUUUUGCUCCUUGAAAAUUGUAUUUUUUCAUCUGUGCAUCUGUUUUCAAACCUAUUAGGGUGUUUUUGAUCAAAGCCAAACUCCUAUGCGAAUGAGAAGAAACAGCUUCACACCUCUAUCCAGCUCUGACACAAUCAGACGCCCAAGAAAUUACAGUGUUGGGAGCAGACCAAUUGAUCCAAUGGGACUAGAGAGGUUCCGAAUGGCCCCAGAUGGGUCUGACCGCCCUCUGAGACAAGUCAGUGUCUUUUCAUUGCAUGCGAUCUACAUCUGCCAUUACCAUCUAAUUAAUCACUCACCUUUCUCUUUUCCGUCCUUCUUACACUCCCCUUCACGUUCCUUCUCUUGUUUCUGUGUUCACUUUAUUUACUCCUAUAUACGCAAUUUAAUUUUUAUAUAUAUAUAUAUAUAUAUAUAUAUAUAUAUAUAUAAUAUUAUAUUUUUUCUUUCAAAAACUUGAAGGUGCACUCACAGGUCUUUGUUUCAAAGUGAUUUUUUUUUUUUUAUUAUGGUUGCAUACAAAAAAAUAAAUCUGAUCCAAUAUGUAUAAUAUAUAUGUAUAUUAUACACGUUUUGUGAGUUGGUCAUCCGGAAUCUUUUUGAAUCCAGAUACUAGUUUUUGGGUUUUUUCAGUAGUACCAAUAACUUUAUUUAUUUAUUUUAAUUGUCUUCUUUAUAAAGUGAUGUUUGGCCCUGGCUUAUGAGACAAUUCUAAUUUUGCAGAUGUAUCCACCAUUAAUUUUUGGAAUUAGUUAAUUGUUUUAUAUAUAAUAGUGUUUUUUUUUUUUCAUUCUGAAGUUGAACUGCACUUUUUUAAGACCCACCAGUUGCAUGCUGCUCUUUCCCUUUUUCUCUGGGUACCUUAAAAGGCACUGAGUCCGAACAUCUUUGAAUCAUCUUUGGGUUAAUAUUUCCCCCCUUUUUGCACUGUUUUAUUAUUUAAACUGAUCCACAUCUGUAUUAUCUUUACCUAACAGCGUUCCCUCGAGAAAGCUUGCAUGUGAGUACUCUUCUUUCCUGUCACAUCUUGAUUUAAACUUGAGGUUUUUUCCCCACCAGUAUUUAUCUCUUUGUACUUUUUAAUGGCAAGAUAAUAUAUAUUUGUUUCCCAUGUAGAGUUGUGACCUAGAAAGUUAGAAAACACAAGGCUAAUAAAAAAACAACAAAAAAGGACCAAAAACUUAGCCUAUUUUUAUAUAGGUACCAUUAUUUGACUGAUAACAUUUUAUAUUAUAUUUUAUAUAUAUUUAUAUAUUUCAAAAAUGUUAAAGAAUACCAGGUAUAACAUGCCCAGUAUAUAAAUAUAAGGAAAUAAUGCAAAUCCAAUAAAGAAAUUUAAGAAUGUGCAGGGCAUAUUUAAAGGAUAGAAUCAAAGAGAUAGCCAGGUAGUGUUUACCUGCAAAUAGUAAUGCAGCCCCAACACUCAAAGUUGGCAUACAAUUUAAAUUCUUUAUUAAACCCAUUCAUCAGAACAAAAUAUUAAAGUAAACAGAGGCCACAACGGCAUGUUUUUAUUUUUAUUUUUUAUUUUUAUACUAAAUAAAUCAUUUUUAAAUUGAAAACGCUGUAGAAAAAUGUUCUUCUUUAACAAUAUGUGGGUGAAGAAAAAUGAACUUGGAGCUGUCUUAUGAUUGGGCCUCGGUUGGAAAAUGGACAAGGUGGAUCGUAGCAUAUCUAAUUUGUAUUGCAAGAUAGGUUAGAAUUAUAGAAGGAGAAUUUAAAAAAAGAAGAAAAAAAAAAUUCAAGCUACUUUUAGACAAAUCAUGGAUACUUUCAAUUAUUGGCUCAUUAGUGGCUAUCAUAAAAAGGUGAAUGGAGAAAAAAAAUAUUUUUAAUAAGAGGCUACAUUUUUUUUUUUUCUUCUUCUAUCUUGGUUCCUAAGGAUUUAAUUCUUUCAAAAUAUACAUAGAAUACAUACCAUAGUUGUAAACAUAAUAUGCAAGAGCAAAGUAGUACUUUUGUCUAUAUCCGCUGAAUUUAUAUGCUAUUGUAUAUCCUUCCCCAGGGGAUCGACCGACACCAAUGGUUGUGA